AUGUCUGGGCGGGGCAAGCAGGGUGGCAAGGCCCGUGCCAAGGCCAAAUCUCGCUCCGUUAGAGCCCAGCUGCAGUUCCCCGUGGGCCGCAUCCACCGGCUACUCCGCAAGGGCAACUAUGCGGAGCGCAUUGGGGCGGGCGCGCCCGUGUACCUGGCGGCCGUGCUGGAGUACCUGACGGCGGAGAUCUUAGAGUUGGCGGGAAACGCGUCCCGCGACAACAAGAAGACGCGCAUCAUCCCGCGGCACCUGCAGCUGGCCAUCCGCAACGACGAGGAACUCAACAGGCUACUGGGCGGUGUGACCAUCGCGCAGGGCGGCGUGCUGCCCAACAUCCAGGCCGUGCUGCUGCCCAAGAAGACCGAGAGCCACCACAAGGCCAAGGGCAAGUGAGGAACCUGAACAUCCAGAGAAAGAAACCAAAGGCUCUUUUCAGAGC